GGAGGAGAGCAAUGGGCGAGCGGGAGGUUGAGUGCACGGGUUGCGGAGAGGAUGCACCGGCAUUGGGCCUGGAGCCUGAGCAGGGAGACGACAUGGCUGAGAGAGAACUCUGGAGCACGCCCGGAGAAGAGGUGACUCCUGAGCCGGAGGUUUCGAGGCCGGAGGGAUUGCGGCGCGCCUCCGGGGACUCGGACGGUGGUAGAAGAAGCGAGGGCUUCAUCUUCUACAGGAACCGGAAGGAAUGGGCUGAUAUUAAGCCUGUUCCACAGGAUGAUGGGCCUCAUCCAGUUGUUCAGAUAGCUUAUUCUGAGAACUUUAAAGAUGUAUAUGACUACUUUAGGGCUGUGCUAAAGCUUGAUGAACGGAGUGAACGGGCACUCAGUCUAACAACAGAUGCAAUAGAGCUCAAUGCUGCAAAUUAUACAGUAUGGCAUUUCCGCAGAAUGGUGUUACAGUCUUUGAAUAAGGAUCUCUAUGAAGAAUUAGCUUAUAUUUCAGAAAUUAUUGAGGACCAACCGAAGAAUUAUCAAGUUUGGUAUCACAGGCAGAAGAUUGUAGAAUGGUUAAAAGACCCCUCACAAGAAUUGGGAUUUAUUUCUGGGAUCCUUGAACAAGACGCAAAAAACUACCAUGCUUGGCAACACAGACAGUGGGUGAUUAAGGAGUUCGGCCUUUGGGACAAUGAACUAGAGUAUGUGGAUCAGCUGCUGGAAGAGGAUGUGCGAAACAACUCGGCGUGGAACCAGCGAUAUUUUGUCAUUUCAAACACCACCGGCUUUGAUAACCCAACAGUGCUUAGUUGUGAAGUCGAAUAUACCCUGAAGUUAAUCAAAAGAGCUCCUCACAAUGAAAGUGCAUGGAAUUACUUGAAGGGAAUUCUGCAGGAUCAGAAUCUCUCCAAGUAUCCCAACCUUUUCGAGCAGGUUUCGCAGUUGAUGGAAAAGCCCAGUUCCCCCUACUUGCUUGCUUUCCUGAUUGACAUGUAUGAAGACCUUCUGGAGAACAACUGUGACGAGAAGGAAGAAACCUUAAGCAGAGCACUGGAGCUUUGUGAGCAACUGGCUAUGAAACAAGAUACAAUACGACGGGAAUACUGGAGGUACUUUGCAAGGUGCUUGAAAACCAAGUACGGUAUGAACCCAAAAGAAGCUACGUCUAUGGGAAAUGAAGACUCUUUACAGGAAUGCUGUAAUAACUAAAGAUUGCAUUAUAUUUUUUAGUAUGCAGGACAAGAUUUAGUGAUAAAUAAUUUUCUGUUAACAUCCAAACAGCUCAUUUAUUUAUGUAAAUAUUUAAAGCCGUAACUUUGUUUGUGUAUAUACUAUAUGAAGCUAAACUAGAAAUACAUCCAAAUGUUCCUUCUUUGCCUUAGAUACCUACUACAAAAAUAUGAUUCAAGUGAAUACUUUGAAACUAAGUCAGUUUUACUCACAUGGGAACAGAAUGGGGAGGUAGGGGUUGAUAUUGGAGUAAAUUUAAAAUAUUACUGUUUUUAAAUUUACCAUCAUUGUGGUAUUAUCGUAUCAAAGUUGCAGUGCCACAUUGUUUAUCUGCUGGUAAUAAAAAAUAACUUUAUGA